AUGUUGAAGAAAGAGUCGAAGUAUGUUUACAAGAUGGGACGACGUCUCGUAAUACCAGUUCUGGCUGCUACUCUAAUAUUCCUAGUCGUACUAUCUAGUAUCAAGGACUCUUCCAAUAUUUCGAAUGGAAUUUACGGCUUACUUUCAACUGAGAAUGUUACCAAGAAUAUACUAUAUUCGAGCUCGCAGCCUCCGCCUGAACGCAGCAUUUUCUUUCAUGAGACCAGCUGCACUUCUCCAGAUUCGGGAUCCAACAUUAUGAAUCUGACGGCUCGACAAGCCUGUUCAAUAGAAUCGGCUGCUCUGAAUAAUCCCAACUUCCAAAUCUUCACUGUGUUUUCAUGUCCCACCUAUCGUCCUCUCGUCGGUCGUCAAAAACUUCUUGUCGAUGCCAUCGAAAGCUAUGAGAACGUGAACUUUCGUCACCURAAUCUAAGGGACUAUGCUAUGAACACUCCUAUUGAAGAUUGGGUAAAAAGAGGCGAAUUGCUUAACUCUAGCUAUCCGAUGCAACACACAUCUGACCUACUCCGCCUCAUAAGUCUCUAUCGGUUUGGAGGCAUCUAUUUAGACAUGGAUAUUAUUGUCCUGAAGAGCUUAGAGAAAUUGCCCCUGAACUAUGUGGGAGCUCAAUCUAAUUAUACCCUGGCCAAUGGUGUCAUUGGUUUAACAGCCGAUGGAAUAGGUCAUGAAAUUGCUGAACUAUUUUUAGAGCAAUAUGCAAAAGAUUUCAAUGGGAAAGACUAUGUACGAAAUGGACCAGCUCUUUUAGAAAACAAAUUUCCRAAUUUUACAUCAAACCUCAGCUCAAAAAGUAACAACUCCGCACCUAUUAACAUAGCUCAUGCUCUAAUAGAGGAUAUUUUGUUAUGCAGCUCAAAGCCAACGCCCGGAAAGACCAUUUUCUUCUCAGAAAGUAGCCAAUAUUCAGAUAUUUCUUAUAAUAUUCAUGAAAUGAGGGCACAUCAAGCUUGCGCCAUUGAAUCGGCUGCAUUGCAUAAUCCAAAUUUUCAGGUUUUUGUGCUGUUUGCUUGUCRCACAUAUCUGGAGAAACCGGCGCCUAUUAUUGAUGCAUUAUUAUGCUAUAAAAAUAUACAAUUUCGAGAGUUAAAUAUUGGGACUUAUAUACUAGAUACGCCCAUUACGGACUGGCUUAAGUUAAACGAUUUUUAUCGCUCAAGUUUUCUGAUGCAUCACAUGUCCGAUCUAUUGCGUCUUCUAACGCUCUAUCGCUAUGGAGGUAUCUAUUUGGAUACGGAUGUGAUGCUGCUGCGUACUUUUGAGGACUUGCAUCUGAACUAUGCGUGCUCAAUGGCAAAUCAGAGCAUUAGCAAUAGUAUUUUGGGCCUGGAACCUAAAGGAUUUGGACAUCAGCUUGCCAAGUGGUUUUUGCAGGAUUUCCGCAAGUCCUUGGUAAAAGAUGCAUUCGACUCAACUGAACACAAUCUCUUGCUGCGGGUUCUGCAAGAGGUUUGUAGCACAAGAAAUGUUACACUCAUGGUUAAGGAUCCGAAACGUUGUAAGGGCUUCAAAGUAUUUAGCAUAAGCGAAUUUUACAAGGUGCCAUUGAAGCAUUCCGAACUGUUUCUCGACCCAAAACGUGCGAGUGAAGUGCUGGAACGUAUUAAGAACUCUCGUCUAAUUCAUGUAUGGAAUCGAUUCUCCUCGAAAUGGCCUUUGAAGAUUGAUUCAAAGGCAGCUUAUAUGCAGCUGGCUGCGAAACAUUGUCCCAAAGUAUUUAAGGCAGCGGGGAAUUUGUUUUCUUAGCUGACAUUA